CAUUCCCACAAGCAACACUACAUAAUGAGAGAGGGCACAACCUAACACCUCCAUCAUUCAUCCGUCUUUCAAUCUUUCAUUCAGCCCACAGCUCCAUUUGUCAAGAAUGAAGAGCGAGGGUCGCCAGCACGGGAUGUUCCGGCCUUACCGGGUCCUACCAGACCCAUUGAACCUGAGACCCGGAACCCGACAGGUGAACAAGUUUGAUUCACUUUCCACAGCCGGGUUAUUCACCAAGGUGGCCACCAAGCCCACCAACCACUCCAAGUUCACGGGUAAGUGCGGCAAGCCCAGGUGCACCGAGUGUCACAUCCACCCGGCUUCUAAGACCAAGGACAAGACCAAAGGGAACCACAAGCUCAAGUCAUCCGACGUCAUAUUUAAUCAUCGUUUGGUCAAAUUUUCCGGGUCUUCUGCCACUGGGAUUUUGGAUCAUCUGUCUACUAGUCAUUAUGAUAACAACGAUGAUAAUGAUGAAGAAGAUGAUGAAAUCAGUGGUUAUGCAAGUGAGUGGAGCCUAUGAUAAUAGAAAUGAUCAUGAUCAUGAUGUGAUGUGAGGGUGGAUUUUGAUGAGGUUGAGGAAGAUGGUAAUUAUGAAGAUAUGGGUUUCUUCAAUGUGGAAUAUGUGAUUGAUCCAAUUGAGGAAGAUGAAGGUUGGUGUUUAGUGCCACAAACGUGAUUGUGGUUUGAAUAACGCGGAUUGAAGUCAACCUCUUUUCUUCUGCUUUGUAUUUUGAUGUACAAGCUAGUAAUAAUGAUGAUGAUGAUGAUGAUGAUCUUAUUUCUCAAUAUUUGACAAUAUUCCUUU